AUGGUUAACGACGCCCUCCCCAACCGCAUACUGUCCGGUACUGUCGUUGUUAAGCCAAAUAUAGACAGGUUUACACCCAAUGGGAUCAUAUUUAAGGGCGAAAGUCAAGAGACUCCCUGCGAUGUCGUACUACUGGCCACCGGCUAUAAAGUGUCGUUCCCCUUCAUAUCUCAAUCGCUGAUACCCACCGACAAGAAUCAGGUGGAGCUCUAUAAGUACAUGUUCUCACCCAAGUUGGCCCACCCAAAGACACUGGCCUUCAUAUCGCUGGCCCAACCCGUGGGCGCACUGUUACCCAUCGGGGAGAUGGAGUCGCGUUGGUUCGCCCAACUCAUGGCCAAUAAGCUAUCCCUACCGGACAGACAGACCAUGUAUGAGGACAUCGAGAGUAAGCGGAUAUUCAUGAAACGCUUCUACGAGAGCGAUAGGCAUACCAUUCAAGUGGAUUGGCUCGACUUCAUGGACGAGUUGGCCGCACAGGUAGGCGUCAAACCGCCGCUAUUCAAGUAUUUCUUCACCGACCCGGAGCUGUGGCGGGCACUGGCCUUUGGACCCUCCCUUCCCUACCAGUAUAGACUCGAAGGUCCCCAUUCGUGGUCGGGCGCCAGGGAUGCCAUACUGACGGUUGAGAACCGCAUAAAAUCGCCGCUUAAGACGAGAUUACCGGACAGUCGUAAACGCCGGGGCACUAAAAGUUUGCUGAAUAUCACCCGAUUCGUGGGACUUAUACUAUUCAUGAUUUUCGCCUACCUACUUAACCUAAUCCUAUGAAAUACUCG